AAGAUUCAAUUAAUAUAUGUGCAUCUCCCUCUUAUAUAACCAUCUCAUUUUUGCCUCAUUCCUUAGUAGUAUUGACUGAAAAAAUAACAGAACUACAACCUUACUAGCAGCCAUGGAGGAAACUAACAAAGAAGCAACUAAAGAUGAAAUCAAAUAUAGAGGAAUAAGAGCAAUGCCCUUUGUCAUAGGGAAUGAGACAUUUGAGAAGCUAGGAACAAUUGGAAGCUCAUCAAAUCUCUUGGUUUAUCUGACAAGUAUAUUUCAUUUGAAGACCAUAACAGCUACUAAUAUUGUCAACAUCUUCAAUGGCACUUGCAACUUUGGCACCUUGCUUGGAGCUUUCCUUUCUGAUACUUACUUUGGCCGUUACAAUGUCCUUGCAUUUGCUUCAGUGUCUUCCUUCUUGGGGAUGUUAGUUCUGAGUUUUACAGCAUCAGUCUCAAAGCUUCAUCCACCUGAAUGUGAAAACCAAGGAACUGCACCAGUAUGUGUUGGUCCAACAACAGGACAACUGACAUUUUUACUAGGAGGGUUCGGAUUGCUAGUAAUUGGUGCUUCUGGCAUAAGGCCUUGUAGUUUAGCAUUUGGUGCUGAUCAAUUUGAUCCCAACACUGAAUCAGGAAGAAGAGGAAUCAGCAGCUUCUUCAACUGGUACUAUUUCACGCGCACGUUCGCUGUGAUGGUCUCAUUGACUGUCAUUGUGUAUGUCCAAACAAAUAUCAGCUGGUCUCUGGGAUUAGCCAUACCAGCAAUUAUUAUGUUCCUUUCUUGUGCACUUUUCUUUGUGGGCACUAAUAUUUAUGUCAGGUUUGUGCCAAAAGGCAGCCCUUUGUCAAGUGUGGCACAGGUCUUAGUGGCUGCAUUCAAGAAAAGGCACUUGCAGCUGCCACAACAACCAUGCUUCUCCCUAUUCAACUAUGUGCCUUCCAAUUCUUUGAAUUCUAUGCUUCCUUACACUGAUCAGUUUAGAUUCUUGAAUAAAGCAGCAAUAAAAACUCCGGAAGACCAGAUAAACUCAUCAGAUGGAUCAGCAGUCAAUCCAUGGAGGCUUUGCAGCAUUCAACAAGUGGAAGAAGUGAAAUGCUUACUGAGAGUAAUCCCAAUAUGGGUUGCUGGAACUAUCUAUUAUGUCUCCGUUGUUCAAUCACAAAAUUAUGUCAUCUUCCAAGCCUUACAAAGUGACAAUCAACUAGGCCACAUCAAUUUCCACAUCCCACCAGCAUCUUUCAUAGUCAUUUCCAUGCUCAGCAUAACAAUUUGGCUACCUAUUUAUGAUCGCGUUUUACUUCCAUGGCUUCGGAAAUUCACAGGAAAAGAAGAUGGAAUCACCCUUCUCCAGAAAAUGGGAAUUGGCAUAUUUUUAUCGAUCGUAACAAUGGUCAUAUCAGGGAUUGUUGAAGACAAGAGAAGAACCCUGGCAAUAACUAGGCCAAUGCUACAAAUGACUCAGGGGAAAGGUGCAAUUUCAUCCAUGUCAGGACUCUGGCUAAUACCUCAGUUAGCAUUAUUAGGUCUUUCCGAGGCAUUUACAUUGAUCAGCGAAAACGAGUUCUUCUACAAACAAUGUCCUGAAAACAUGAGGAGCAUCGCGGCGUCUCUCUUCUUUGUUGGAAUGGCAGGGUCAAGUUAUUUGAGCAGUUUCUUGGCAUCACUUGUUCAUAAGACAUCAAGUUGGUUGGAUGAAGACCUUAACAAGGGGAAGUUAGACUAUUUUUAUUACCUCAUUGCAGCACUAGAGAUUCUGAAUUUGGGUUAUUUUCUUGUGUGUGCAAAAUGGUACAAGUACAAAGGAAGGGCAGGUGACAACAAAGUGAGAGAAAGAAAAGACCAAAAUGAAAUUGUAAUGUGAUUUUUCAGUCAGCAGUAAUGGGUAUGGUAGUUUUUCAUGAUUUAAUAAUGCUUUGUUAGAACCCAAAUAGAAAGUAAAACAAGAAAAAGGAAAAUUAUCGAGGCA